AUGGCAGCGAUGGCAGAACUCAACAAAGUCUGUUCAGUGACUGAAAUGCCAGAAAGAGACGAUGCUAAACGCAGUUUCCAUCACAGAAUGUUCUUGGAACCCCAAGAGAAGAAGAAGAACAUGAAGGCUCUGGUGGUUAAGCAAGCAAAGAAAACUUGCAGCUGCACUCCAGCCAAAGUUAAAGACUCUGUUUUCAGUUUCUUUCCUGUCUUGCAGUGGCUUCCUAAAUACAAACUAAGAGAGUACCUCCUGGGAGACGUAAUGUCUGGUGUGAUUGUGGGGGUCUUACUAGUCCCACAGUCAAUUGCCUAUUCUCUCUUGGCUGGACAGGAGCCUAUUUAUGGCCUUUAUACAUCCUUUUUCGCUAGCAUUAUUUAUUUCAUAUUUGGAACCUCUCGCCACAUCUCAGUUGGCGUCUUUGGUGUGAUUUGCCUGAUGGUGGGACAAGUGGUGGAUCGUGAGUUACAGAGAGCUGGCUAUGACUUAGAGCCAGCUGCGCUCAGCGUGCUCGCAGGUACAGCAGCACAUGUGAACACCACCGCUUUGCCUGUGAAUCAGACAUCACCAAAGCUGCUGUGUGAUAAAAGCUGCUAUGCAAUUACAGUGGGAGCCACCAUGACCUUCAUCGCUGGAGUUUAUCAGGUGGCCAUGGGUUUCUUUCAAGUGGGCUUUGUCUCGGUGUACCUUUCCGAUUCAUUGCUGAGUGGAUUUGUCACGGGUGCCUCCUUCACCAUCCUAACCUCGCAAGCCAAGUAUCUCCUGGGCCUAGACAUUCCACGGAGCAGCGGCAUUGGGUCCCUUGUAGUCACGUGGAUAAACAUCUUCAGAAACAUACAUAAGACCAACAUCUGUGAUCUCAUCACCAGCUUCUUGUGCUUUCUUGUCCUUGUCCCAACUAAAGAGCUUAAUGAACAUUUCAAAUCCAAGCUCAAGGCUCCAAUACCAGUUGAACUAGUUGUGAUUGUAGCAGCUACUCUGGCAUCUCACUUUGGGAAGCUGAGAGAGACUUACGGCUCGAGCGUUGCUGGACACAUCCCAACUGGGUUUCUGCCACCUCGCGCUCCAGACUGGAACCUGAUUCCUAAUGUGGCUUUGGAUGCUAUCCCCAUAGCUAUUAUUGGCUUUGCCAUCACUGUCUCCCUCUCAGAGAUGUUUGCCAAGAAGCAUGGUUACACCGUGAAGGCCAACCAGGAAAUGUAUGCCAUUGGCUUCUGCAACAUCAUUCCCUCUUUCUUCCAUUGCUUCACAACAAGCGCAGCUCUUGCCAAGACUCUUGUCAAAGAGUCCACAGGCUGUAGGACACAAGUGUCUGGCAUGGUGACUGGUUUGGUAAUCCUAUUAGUCCUUCUUGUGAUUGCACCUUUGUUUUAUUCCCUUCAGAAAUGUGUCCUUGCUGUCAUAACCAUAGUAAACCUCCGAGGAGCCCUGCGGAAGUUCAAGGACUUGCCAAAAAUGUGGCGUUUGAGCAGAGUGGACACAGUGAUCUGGCUAGUUACUAUGGCAGCCUCAGCACUCAUCAGUACUGAGAUUGGCCUUUUGGUUGGUGUUUGCUUCGCUAUGCUCUGCGUCAUUUUCCGAACUCAGAGGCCAGAGGCACCGCUGCUUGGCUGGGUGGCGGAGUCUGAGACGUAUGAAUCCCUGUCUGCUUAUAAGAACUUGCAAACCCAGCCAGGAAUUGUGGUGUUCCGUUUCGAAGCACCGCUCUACUACAUCAACAAAGAGUGCUUUAGAUCCACCCUGUACAAGCAAACUGGUGUCAACCCGGUCUGGGUGAAGGCAACAAAGAAAAAGGCAUCAAAAAGAAUGCUUAGAGAGAAAGAGGUGGAUUCUGAUGACAACCAGACCAAUGUCUCCCUGGAUUUUGUCUCCGAACCUCUGGGGUUUCACACAAUAGUGAUUGACUGUUGUGCAGUACAGUUUCUGGACACAGCAGGGAUACGCACACUCAAAGAGGUCUGCAAGGACUACAGAGAGAUAGAUGUCCAGGUGCUGCUGGCCCAGUGCAAUCCUUCGGUGAGGAGUUCCCUGAUCCGAGGAGAAUUCUUUAAAGAGGGGGAGGACCACCUUCUCUUCCACAGUGUGCACCAGGCUGUGGACUUUGCGUUGGGUGCACAGGGGCAUGGUGGGGCCAGUGCUUCUAAGAACUAG